CCGCCUAGCUGGGGCUGAGCAAGAAUUCGGGGUGACAGCGCGGGGACGGAGACGCCAGGGACCCGUGCAAACGGAGUGGGGAGCGCAGCCCGCCCCACCAUCAUGCCGCGUUCGUUCCUUGUUAAGAGCAAGAAGGCUCACAGUUACCACCAACCGCGCUCCCCGGGACCCGACUAUUCCCUCCAACCGGAGCAGGUCCCGGCGCCAGGCGGAGCAGGUGCNNNNUCGGGCGCCGCGGGGGUGAAGGUGGAGCCGGGGAGCCGUUUGUCUCCCGAGUCGCAGCUGACGGAGACCCCCGACGGAGCCUCCGCGUCCCCCGGCAGCAGCGAGGGCAGCGUCUGCGACCGCAGCUCGGAAUUCGAGGACUUCUGGAGGCCGCCGUCGCCCUCCGUGUCUCCGGCUUCGGAGAAGUCGGUGUGCCCAUCGCUGGACGAAGCUCAGCCCUUCCCCUUGUCCUUCAAGCCCUACUCCUGGAGCGGCCUGGUGGGUUCUGACCUGCGGAAUUUGGUGCAGAGCUACCGGCCGUGCGCGGCCCUGGAGCGCGGCGCAGGCCUGGGCCUCUUCUUGCACGUGCGCAGGUCUCACAGCGGCACGAGGCCCUUUGCGUGUGAGAUAUGCGGCAAGACCUUCGGGCACGCGGUGAGCCUGGAGCAGCACAAAGCCGUGCACUCACAGGAAAGGAGCUUUGACUGUAAGAUCUGUGGCAAGAGCUUUAAGAGGUCAUCGACGUUGUCCACACACCUCCUCAUCCAUUCAGACACCCGGCCCUACCCCUGUCAGUACUGUGGCAAGAGGUUCCAUCAGAAGUCAGACAUGAAAAAACACACCUUCAUCCACACUGGUGAGAAGCCCCACAAGUGCCAGGUGUGCGGCAAGGCCUUCAGCCAGAGCUCCAACCUCAUCACCCACAGCCGCAAGCACACAGGCUUCAAACCUUUCGGCUGCGACUUGUGUGGGAAGGGCUUCCAGAGGAAGGUGGACCUCAGGCGGCACCGGGAGACGCAGCACGGGCUCAAAUGAGUGCCCUGGCGGGCCACACACAAUCACACAACACUAGGGAGGGCGGCCUGCCCACUGGCCAGCAGCCGCUUCUGACUUCUCAGGCCCCCGAGGCUGCAGAUCCUACCUGGGUGAUCCCCCUUCACCUCACAGUCUGGGAGCCCCUAGAGGGGAUGUUACCUUUUCAAGGUUCAUCCAGGAACGGGAUCCAAAUGACUCUGGGUGCCUUGGACACAGGGAACAGCCCCUCGAAAAGUGAAGUCUUAUAUCUUGGGACCCUCUGUCCUGCUCCCAAGACAGGAAGAAGGCCCUUCAGGUUUCUUCACUCCUUCUCCUGCCCCACCCAGACACUUGCGUGGAAAAGGAGGAAUCGCUAUUUACAAGGUGGACACACGUUAAUGCCGUUGUCGUUUUGAAUCAAGAAUGAAGAAGGAGUGUUGGUAUUUUCAUUUUGGGGGGUCCGCUGACCCCUUUCUGUGAGGUGCUGCCUGUAAAUCUUGGAGGAAUCAUUUCUCCCACUUGAAGACGGUUUCAGAAACUGAUUUGGGGAAGUAGUUUCAUACUUUUGAAGUGACAAGACACACUGAACAGCCUGGCCCCAAGAAAGAGUUCAAGAACGGUGGACUUGGUGAUGAGAAGAGAUUAGGGGCCGGCGAAGGCUUCAUGGGGAGGAGGUGAAAGCACAGAGCAGCGCCCUUACAAGAUAGCAUCCAUUCACUCAGCAAAUGUUUGUUGGCCACCGGUUACCAUGGUACCAGGCCCCCGCUGGAUACGGGGGAACCAGAUACUAAGGUCAUGGCCCCGGGCUAACAGUCACACCUCCAGUGGCUGGGUCUGUUCUUUUCCUCCGAAGGAAUUCCGAGAAAAAGCAGAAUCGGGAACCUUCCCUUCUGACCCCUUUGGAUUUUAUCAGCCACAAACAAAAUAUAACUGAACAGAUACUUCAAAGAUGUGUGUGAAUACUCAGUUUUUUACUGUUCAGCUGAAUCUUUUUUUAAAGAUGCCUAAGCUGGCAGGCGUGGGGGAGUGAAGGCUCUGUCUUCAACACUUAGCCCUUCCAUAUGCACCAUACUGUUUAUUUUCCUUUGGUGAGGUUUAUAAAUGUUUUUUAGAUCUUCUGGAGUGCAUUAUGUUUGUUCAUACGUAUUUAUUAGAGUGAUGUUUUAAGUUAAUAAAGUAU